UCCACCCUCGUGAGGAUAAGCAGUAGAAAAUAAAUGAAUCAAUAUCUAUAAUAUUAGUAAUUGGUAUCAUUAUUUUCAACAUCACAUAUAAAGAUUACAUAUUACAUACUACUAUUACAUACCAUCAAGGCAAAUACAUAACAUGCUGAGGUCUGACGAUCCACAAAGGCUUCCCAUUUGACGGCACCCUGCACCCUGUAACAUGAGGUUACUGGAAGCAGUUUUCAAAAAGCCUCUUAAGUGCGAAGAACACCGCCACCCUUCGCUUUGUACAACUGCAAAAGCACAGAUAGGGGGAGUAGGAGAAAAUCACUUAUACUUUUCUUCCCUUGUUUUUUUGCUGCAGCGACCUACGCUUACUUUUUUUGUUCAGACCUGUCCUCGUAGAGCUUGAAAGUUCACCAAACAGUCUCAAAAUAGGUUUUGGAGCAGGCAACAGUGCAGGAUUCAGUUAAUGCAAUUUAGCACCUACAGUAGAACAUCCCAAGAUACAGGGAAGAAAACUUAUGUUCAUUACAUUUGUAUUGAAAAUUAGAGAUGGGCUAGAUGCUCUUUAUAAACGAGAAUCCGUCACGGCAUUUGUGACCAAGUACGAACAUGAAACGUCUUCAUUAUCCGUACUCGUGAUGACAUCACGCUCAUCCACAGGCAGCAAACGCCCCUCCCUAGACAGGCUCGCUGGGGCAUAGGCAGCAUUUUUUUUUCGGCAUUCUGUUUGUGUAUCAGGACUGUAGCUACAGUGGAGUAUUUCACUUGUAUAAAGCCUGUUUUAUGCUUUCCCUCUGCACAGGGUUACUGAAAAUCCAAAGUUAAAAAAAAAACACCACAAAAAGACUGCCAGGACAGGAAAACAGGAAAUGUCCAAGGAUAACAGGACAGUCACUCUUUGUGAAAUGCUUUUUUGGGACAGGGCUCAAACAGGGCUAGCAUAGUAAUUGGCUUUAACUGAACCACAUUCACUCAACUGUGCCAUGUUGCAUUUGUAAAACAAGUUGUAAACAAAAUAUAGGAGAUGCCUUCCAAUAUUUAAUGCAUUUUACUGACUUAAAUUUAAUGAAUCCAGUCCAAUACAAUUGAGUGAUGUUGUUCCUUCAAAGAUUUGGAUAUUUUAUGACUUCAGUGAAGGUCAUACUGUAUAUUCAAAUGUAAAAUCAAACAUUGCUCUAUAAACAUAUGAGCAGAGCAGUGUCACAAGAUUAAAAACAGACAGGAUUUCCUGUGCAACUUGCAAGUGUAAACGUAACUCUCGUCUUUUUCGACUCAGAACCUGGACGUCGUCAGUGUGUAUUGUUAAAUAGUUCUUAUAUUUCAGCGGUAAAAAUACUGUAUACUGAUGCAGCCUGAUUCACACACAUACACAGUCACACACACGCACAUACAGCUGCACUACAAAAUUAAGCUAACCAAGGUAGCUUAGAAGAACUAUGGAGCCAAAUAUCCAACAUCAAAAGUGAAUCUAAUUCACUGCGGUGCAUGUCUGCACUGUGGUGUUGCGUUUUGUUCUUGCAGGUUGCAGGAGUCGAUGUGAUGCAAGACUGACUUCUUUGACGCCUGUCUGAUAUGUUUAAGACAUGCAUUAUUUGAUACUAGGUGGUUUUACUGAGUAAAUAAUUGAACAAUUUGAUGGACAACAAAGAGACACUGAAAUGAUUGUAAUGCGAGAAGGCCAGAGAGACCGUCGGUAUAUUACAACUAUUGUUGUAAUAUGUUCCGACUGUGUUUAUAGUCUUGAGUAGUACUUUCAAGCUCUUUGAUUCAAGGUUAUCAACCUAACCUUAUUAGCUCCGGUAAAUAGUUUUUAAAAAGUGUGAAAUAAAAUUCAAGAAAGUCUCCUGGGCCGAGUGGUUAGCAUGUUGGUAACACAGUCGUGAUGCAUUUGAGGGUGCAUGGAAGUUUGCCCAACCAGUCUACAUAUGUUUUGUGGACUUUUAGAGAUUGUUUCUCAUGGAAUUCUGUGGGGAGUAUGGGGUAUCGGACCAGCUAAUUCAUGCUGAUCGUUCCCUGACCGGUGUCAGAGUUUGGUGAGCAUUCCCGGCAAUAAGUCAGACCGGUUUCCAGUGAGGGUUGGAGUCCGCCAGGGCUGCCCUGUCACCCAUUCUGUUCUUUACUUUUAUGGACAGAAUAUCUAGGCGCAGCGAGGGUGUUGAGGGGUUUUGGUUUGGUGGCUGCUGAAUUGGGUCUGUGCUUUUUGCAAAUUAUGUAAUGGUAAUGGGAAUGGUUUUAUUUCAUUUGAACAUGCAUCAGAUUACAAUUGAAUGCAUCACAUAAUCAGUUCCCAGUUCCACAUGUCCAAAAGGAGUAGGAAGAAGCAAAGCUUAUUAAAUCCUACCCCUCCAUCUGGUACUUUUACAAUCAGUAACUGUUACAUUUGUUCACUUCCUGCUUUCCAUAAUACAGUUUAAGUUUUUUUGUGUGGUCCUGCUGGCUUCAUGGAACCGUGGCCUUUGUGGUGAAGAAAAGAGCUAAGCCAAAAGGCAAAGCUCUCAAUUUACCACUCAAUCUACGUUCAUACCCUUACCUUAUGGUCAUGAGCUUUUGGGUUGUGACCGAAAGGACAAGAUCGAGGGUACAAGCAGCCGAAAUAGUUUUCUCCGCAGGGUGGCUGGGCUCUGACUUAGGGAUAAGGUGAGAAGCACUGUCAUCCGGGAGCCAUGAGGGGAGCCAGAUGAGGUGGCUUGGGUGUCCCCUCUCCAUUCUUGAUGACAUAAAGACGCUUGCUCUUCUUCCGGGACGGAGAACCACAGCCUUCUUGUUUAUGUUGAUCUGGGAAUUUUCAGUGGUCCAAAACUGAACAAACAACGCAUGCAAGACCUUGGAAAUGGAGAACAGAAGACCAAAAACCACAACUAUGGGAGACAACACUCACAGAGGCAGAGAAGGUUGGCGUGAACAGAGGUGUAGAGCAACAGAGGAUGGGAGACAAUCAAAAAGCAAUGAGAAGAGACAAGAGGCAGAUGGAAGAGCAAGUGGUGGAGCAGCAGGGGAUUCAUGGAGAGACGGAGCAGUUCGAGGGGAAUGCGGGUGGAAUUGGGGAGGUAGGAGAGGGAGAGGUUGGAGAGAACAUACAUCAGGUGAGAGAAAACACGGCAUGGGUGAAAGGCAAAGUAAGAGCAGGGAUAGGGUCUCAAGCAGAGAGGGAGCACAAUCGGGUCCUCAACUGGGCUUCAGAUACUUGCAGGAGCUUUCUGAAAAAGAUCCAUCGGCGGUGGCCAUCACCCUCUCCUCGCACCCUGCCCUGCCUAAUAUGCUGCAGGAGACCGACAUGAAGCAGGACCUGGUGGAGCUCCUGUGCUUGGUGCUCAGUAAAGCCUUCAAGUCUAAAAACAACAAAGCCACACUGCAGCGCCUGGCCCAACUCUUAAAAGAUACAGGCUUCUUUCGAACCACGCUGCCCCAUUACUUGGCCGGCAUGAGGUCAGAGUUUAAACCGGCCCGCAGACAACAGUACCCGCAGCAGCUGGAAAACAUUGUGCUGAUUCUCACACAGGUCGUCACCAUCUUCCCAGGAAGCUCUGUGGAAGCGGUGAGUUUGCUCCUGACGCUGCUCCAAGCCUCCAUAGACAGGCUGAAGACAGCGGGAAUUGAAGCCUCGCCUCAGGUGCUACAGGGCGUGGAAAGGCUUGACUUCCUGGUGAAGCACAUCCAGGAAAGGUCUUGGGAAGGAACUCUCCACCCGAGCAGGGACACGUAUGGUCUCUUACCUUUUGAUUUUCCAGAUGAAGAGGACGAGCAGCCAGUUUUCAGGACCAUGUCUAUCUACCCAACUCCUGAGGAGUUCCAGCCGGACUACAGGCCCUAUCUCAGACCCAACAUCACCUCGCAGCGGUACACCAACACUCUUAUCUACCUGGACACACACUUCAGGCUCAUGAGAGAGGACUUGGUGCGGGGCCUCCGUGAAGGGAUCCAGCAGUUUCAGAUGGAAUUGGACAAUGCAGCGCUAAAGAAAAAGCAGUUUGACAACAUCCUUGUGUAUUUUGAUGUCAAACUGGGGUUGCCGAAGUGCAUGCGAACCAGUCUUGCCUACACCGCCCAGUUUGAUAUCCAGCCAUUUAAGUUUGUGCGCUGGGAGAACUCAAAGAGAUUGCUGUACGGGUCUCUGGUCUGCCUGUCCUGUGAUAAUUUCGAGACCUUCCUGUAUGCCACAGUAGCAGAUCGGGACACCAAAAAUCUUAAGAAAGGAAAGAUCCAGAUUACUUUCACUGAGGAGAGCAGAUUGAACAUGGCAAGAGUGGAGACAGAGCAGGUGUUUGUGAUGGUUGAGACCCCCGCCUUCUUUGAAGCCUACCGGUAUGUUCUUGAGGGCCUGCAACAACAAGAUGAAGCGGACAUGCCCUUUCAGAGGUAUAUCGUGGACUGUGACACAGAUGUGCAACAGCCAGCGUAUUUGCAAAGAAACGACCUUUAUGACCUGUCUUCCAUCACCAACUGCAAGCACAAGAAGUCUCUGCGACCCUUUCACAGUCUGCAGGAAGACGCCUGGCCGAAGAAGGAGGUGCUCGACUUGGAUGAGUCUCAGAUGCAAGCCUUCCAAUUGGCCCUUACCAAGGAGCUGGCCAUCAUACAAGGACCCCCCGGCACUGGAAAAACUCAUGUUGGUUUAAAGAUAGCCCACGCUCUUUUGGACAAUCAAAUACUUUGGAGAGAACAAGGGAACCAGUCCCAGAUGCUGGUGGUGUGUUACACUAACCACGCGUUGGACCAGUUCCUCGAGGGCAUCCUGAAGUUUCUUCCAAAGGGCAUCGUACGAGUCGGGGGUCGCAGCAACAGCGAGUCCCUGAAGAAAUUCAAUCUGAGAGAGCUGGCUAAUUUGCCCAUGCUCAGACAGCGUCAGCCGGCAUACUUGCGGAAAGCAUUUCAAGAUAUUUACUCAGAGCUGCGUGAGCUAGAGAUCGUGAUCAAAGACCACAACGGCAGACUAGAGUGUUGUCUGAACGGUAUCCUGCGUGAAUCCAUCCUUGAGAAUGUCAUUUCCCAAAAGCACUGGGCCAGUCUGCACAAACCCAUUGACCUUGGCAUAUGGAAUCCCAAGUCCAGUUUGAUAAUGGAGUGGUUGGGUUGGUGUGCCACCGGCAUCCUGCAGGGGGGGAUACAGGACACAGUUGGAGAUGAAUUCUUAGGUGCGGCAACAGUGGAAGUAAUGGAACCUCAGCAGGUGGACCUCAUCCAAAUCGCAGAAGAGGCCGAAAUGAUUCAGGCUGACCGCUUCAUCGACGACAACACUGACACCAAACCCACAAAAGAUGACACAAUGGAGGCCAACGCCAUCAGAAUAUUACAGGAAUCGAUGCUGGCGAUGAACCUGGAUAUGGACAAUAAAAACCCUGAGCAAUCUGAGGAAGAAUGGAUGUUUCAACGGAAACAGAUUCGGAAGAUGAAGAACAAAAUCAAGACAGAGCUGGCUAUGACAACAGCCAUGAGCGCAGAGGAGGAAGAGAACGUUCAGGAUAUUUGGGCCCUCUCUAUGCCAGACCGAUGGAGACUCUAUCGGUUGUGGCUGGCACGCUACAGAGCUGGUAUCCGUACCGCAAGUGCAGAGUAUGAGGUGCAAUACCAGCAGGCGGCAGAGAGAUACACAGAAAUCAAACGUGACGAGACCCUUUUCAUACUCCAGAUGGCCAAGGUUAUCGGCAUGACCACAACAGGGGCUUCCAAGUUCCGCCAUGUUCUUCAGAAAGUGCGCCCACGUGUGGUGAUUGUCGAAGAGGCUGCAGAGGUUCUGGAAGCUCACAUCAUCACCACACUCAGUCAAGCAUGCCAGCACCUCAUUCUCAUUGGAGACCACCAGCAGCUGCGCCCCAGUUCCACAGAAUAUGACCUGGAGAAGAACUACAAAAUGGGGGUGUCCAUGUUUGAGAGGCUGGUGGGAAUGGGACUUCCUUUUGUCCAACUCAACCAACAGCAUCGCAUGAGACCAGAGAUUGCCCGCCUGCUGACUCCACACAUUUAUGCGCAGCUGGAAAACCAUCCGUCUGUCUUGAACUAUGACAAUAUCAAGGGCCUCAAUACCAAUAUGUUCUUUGUGGAGCACAACAACCUGGAAAAAGAGUCCAAGGAGGGUAAAAGCCACCAGAACCUCCACGAGGCCAAGUUUGUAGUUGCUCUUUGUCGUUAUCUUCUCCUUCAAGAGUACAAACCAGAGCAAAUUACCAUUCUAACAACCUACACAGCCCAGCUCUACUGUCUGCACAGCCUUAUGCCUGCCAAAGAGUUCACAGGUGUCAGAGUCCAUGUGGUGGACAAGUACCAAGGAGAAGAAAAUGACAUUGUUCUGUUGUCUUUGGUGCGUAGCAACAUACAGGGGAGAGUUGGUUUCUUGAACAUUUCCAAUCGCGUUUGCGUAGCUUUGUCCCGGGCCAAGAAAGGUCUCUACUGCAUCGGCAAUGCUGAAAUGCUGGGCAAGGUGAAGCUGUGGAGCAACAUCUUACAAACCUUGAAGGAGAAAGAUCAGGUUGGGAAGGCGCUGACUCUCUGCUGUCAGAAUCACCCAGAAACCAAGGUCGUAGCGGCUUGUGCUGAGGAUUUUAGCCAAGCCCCUGAGGGAGGCUGCACCAAACCUUGUGAGUUCCGUUUGGACUGCGGUCACACGUGCGCAAGUGUCUGCCACCCUUAUGACAAAGAGCACCAGAAAUACAAGUGCGUCAAGAACUGUGAGAGAACCUUGUGUCAUUUGGGACACAAGUGCCCACUUGACUGCCAUGCAACUUGUCCAAAAAAAUGUGAAAUCAGGAUUGAAAAGAUCAUACCUAAGUGCCAGCACAAGCAGAUGGUUCCCUGUUACCAGGACCCCGGGGACUUUGUCUGCAAGACCUCUUGCCAGAAAACGCUCCUGUGUGGGCAUACAUGUGAUUCAUGGUGUGGCCUGCCCUGCACCGACAUGUGCAAGGUUGACGUUGAGCUACAACUGAAGUGUGGUCACAGCCAGCAAGGAGCUUGUUACUACAAAACCAGUGAAUAUGAUCAUCCCCCGUGUCGGAACCCAUGCGGGCAGCAACUCAAAUGCGACCAUGCCUGUCAAGGAACCUGUGGCCAGUGUUACAACGGCCGUUUCCACUCACCGUGUUUACAUCAGUGUGAGCGUCUUCUGAUUUGUUCCCACAAGUGUGCCGAACCCUGCACCUGCAGUUGUCCACCCUGUGAUAAGCCGUGUGAGAACUGCUGCGUUCACAACAAGUGCAUGAAAAAGUGUGGACAGCUCUGUGCUCCGUGCAAUGAGCCCUGCGCUUUGCAGUGCGUCCACCAAAGCUGCAGCAAGCUGUGCCAUGAGCCAUGUGAUUACCCGCCAUGUGACCAACCCUGCGCCCUCACCCUGACUUGCGGCCACCCGUGCAUCGGGUUGUGCGGGGACACAUGUCCAAAAAAAUGCCGUGUCUGCGAUAAAGACGAAGUCACUGAGAUUUUCUUUGGCAUGGAAGAUGAUCCAGAAGCUCGCUUCAUCCAACUGGAAGACUGCGGCCACAUCAUCGAACAUGUGUCCAUGGAUACAUACAUGGCAAUGGAUGAUGCAUCCCAAGCCAAUGACGGGCAGCUGGCUAUAAAGCUAAAGGAAUGUCCGAAGUGUCGGACUCCGAUCCGUAAGAAUUUACGGUAUAGAUCUCACAUCAACAAAAGUCUAGCAGCGAUAGAGAUGGUGAAGAAAAAGAUCAUUGGAGAUCGGGACAACAUGCAGAAGUGCAGUAUGGAGCUCACAUGUCUAUUGAAGAGGCUACAUUGCCAAGGCAUAAUCGAGGAAGUACAAUACAUGCAUAUGACAAGAAUUCUGAAGAGCAAGCACCUCACGGCCAACGAUAUAUGGGUGAUAGAGAACAAGCUGAACUUCAUGGAGAGGAUUAAUAAACUCUUGAUGGCAGUCUUGAAUAAUGCCACGCACACUGGUGUUGGUGAGUUUCAAAAGAAGACCGGCGGCUUCCUGCUCUGGAUCAACAACUUUCAGCAGAAAUUCACUGAGCAGCAAUUGUUUGACUUGCAAAGGGAAUUCCAGAGGCUCACACUGUGGACCGAACUCAUUGUCCUUUGCAGCAAGGCGGUGAAAAUAGGGAAACAUGACGUCAUCCAAAGCGAGAAAGAAAUAAUGGAGAAGGAGCUGGAAAAACAUGGUCAGUUCGCCGAGCAGGAUGAGCUAAGACUCAAAGUUGUCUUGGAGAAGAUGAAGCAAAAGGUGCCUGUCACAGGAUUGGGGAUCAGUGACGAGGAGAAAAAAAUGAUUGUCUCGGCAAUGAAGCUCCCGUCGGGACAUUGGUACAAAUGCCCCAACGGGCAUGUCUACGCGAUCACUGAGUGUGGGGGCGCUAUGGAGGCUCGAAAAUGCCCUGAUUGCAGUGCCACCAUCGGCGGGGGCAGCCACAGGCUGGCCACCGGCAACCAGGUGGCGUCGGAGAUGGAUGGGGCACAGCACGCUGCAUGGUCUGAGGCCAACAACCUCCUUAACUUUGAAAAUCUUCACCUGUAGCAGGCACAAUUUAUUGUCUUUGAAUGUGCGUUAUUCAUUCUAAAUGAGAAGCUUGCCAAGCUAACAUACAUUGCAACAACACAUCAAGUGAAUAGGUCACUUUUUGCUCCUACUCCUUUUGGACAUCUGGAUCUGUGAACUGAUUAUGUGAUGCAUUCAAUUGUAAUCUGAUGCAUGUUCAAGUGAAAUAAAACCAUUAUCAUUACCAAAUAAAAUGACAAAUGCCAGCCUGAAUGACAAACCUAUGGCUGAUGAUACCAUGCAACCCGUCAACAUGUACACAUUUAUUGUACUCAACAUGUAAUUUUGACUCUUGAAUACACUUGCAUGCUUCAGCUCUCCA